GCCCGCCUCCCGGCGACGCGCACGCGCGCCAGGCCCGACGCGCACCCUCUCGCUUUCCUCCGGCCCGUGAGACCCCCUCCCCUUCCGCCUCGCGGCGCUCCCUCGCGCCGCGGUCUUCUCUACCUAUCCCCGGCUCCGCGGGGCUCCCCCCCCCCCCCCCGGCCCGCCCGCCAACGGCGGGUCCCCGGCUUCCCGAUCCCCUCCGCUUCCCGCGCUCCCCGGCGGGGCUCCAACCCCGGCCCCCUCUCUCCCUCCCUUCCCUCUUCAUUCCCUUUCCGGACGCUGCCAUCAUGUUGAAGCCUCAGCCGCCACAACAGACCUCCCAACCCCAGCAGCCGCCCCCCACGCAACAGGCCGUAGCCCGCCGGCCUCCCGGCGGCACCAGCCCUCCCAACGGCGGCCUCCCGGGGCCGCUGGCCGUCACGGCGGCUCCGCCGGGGCCUCCCGUCACCGCCUCCCCCUGCCUGGGGCCCGCGGCUGGGAGCGGGCUGCGCCGGGGAGCCGAAGGCAUCUUAGCGCCGCCGCCGCCGCCGCCGCAUCAGGAGAGGCCGGGGGCCGCCGCCAUCGGCAGCGCCAGGGGACAGAGCACAGGAAAGGGACCCCCACAGUCACCCGUGUUUGAAGGUGUCUAUAAUAAUUCCAGGAUGCUGCAUUUCCUGACAGCUGUGGUGGGCUCCACUUGUGAUGUAAAGGUGAAGAAUGGCACUACCUAUGAAGGCAUUUUCAAGACUCUGAGCUCAAAGUUUGAGCUGGCAGUAGAUGCUGUGCACCGGAAAGCAUCUGAGCCAGCGGGUGGCCCUCGUCGUGAGGACAUUGUAGACACCAUGGUGUUUAAGCCAAGUGAUGUCAUGCUUGUCCACUUCCGAAAUGUUGACUUCAAUUAUGCUACUAAAGACAAGUUCACUGAUUCAGCCAUUGCUAUGAACUCAAAGGUAAACGGCGAGCACAAAGAGAAGGUGCUUCAGCGCUGGGAGGGUGGUGACAGCAACAGCGAUGACUAUGAUCUCGAGUCUGACAUGUCCAAUGGAUGGGACCCCAAUGAAAUGUUCAAAUUCAAUGAGGAGAACUAUGGCGUGAAGACCACCUAUGACAGCAGUCUCUCCUCUUACACGGUGCCCUUAGAAAAAGACAACUCAGAAGAGUUCCGUCAGCGGGAGCUGCGUGCAGCCCAACUGGCUCGAGAAAUUGAGUCGAGUCCCCAGUAUCGCCUACGGAUCGCCAUGGAAAAUGAGGAUGGGCGCACAGAGGAAGAAAAGCAUAGUGCAGUCCAGCGGCAGGGGUCAGGGCGGGAGAGCCCCAGCCUGGCAUCCAGGGAGGGGAAAUAUAUCCCUUUGCCUCAACGAGUUCGGGAAGGUCCCCGGGGAGGAGUUCGGUGUAGCAGUUCUCGAGGCGGUCGGCCUGGCCUUAGUUCACUGCCACCUCGUGGUCCUCAUCACCUAGACAACAGCAGCCCCGGCCCAGGGUCUGAGACUCGUGGUAUCAAUGGAGGUCCCUCCCGCAUGUCUCCCAAGGCACAGCGGCCUCUGAGAGGUGCUAAGACUCUGUCUUCACCUAACAGUAGGCCUUCCGGAGAAGCUUCUGUUCCACCCCCUGCUGCAGCUCUCCCUUUUCUUCCAGUGGGACGGAUGUACCCCCCACGCUCUCCCAAGUCUGCUGUCCCUGCCCCAAGCUCAGCUCCUUGUCCUGAGCCUCCCAUUGGCUCGGCAGUAGCAACUUCUGCAGCCUCCAUCCCUGUCACGUCAGUUGUGGAUCCUGGAGCAGGCUCUAUCACCCCAGCUUCUCCGAAGAUCUCACUGGCCCCCACAGAUGUAAAAGAACUCCCACCCAAGGAGCCUGGCAGGACCCUGGAGCCCCAGGACCUGGCCCGGAUAGCUGGGAAAGUCUCUGGCCUUCAAAAUGAACAGAAACGAUUUCAACUGGAAGAACUAAGGAAGUUUGGGGCCCAGUUCAAGCUGCAGCCCCCCAGCUCCCCUGAGACCAGCCUGGAUCCUUUUUCUCCCCGGAUCUUAAAGGAGGAGGCCAAAGGGAAGGAGAAGGAGGUCGAUGGUCUAUUAACUUCAGAGUCCAUGGGGUCUCCAGUCUCCUCGAAGACAGAGUCCGUAUCGGAUAAAGAAGACAAAGCACCUCUAGCAUCAGCAGGAGGCGCUGAGGGUUCGGAGCAGCCUCCACCACCUUGCCCGAGCCAGACUGGCAGCCCCCCAGUGGGCCUUAUCAAGGGAGAUGACAAAGAUGAGGGCCCUGUUGCUGAACAAGUAAAGAAAUCAACGUUGAACCCCAACGCCAAGGAGUUUAACCCCACAAAGCCUCUAUUAUCUGUGAACAAAUCUACCAGUACUCCAACUUCUCCAGGGCCUCGCACUCACUCAACUCCCUCCAUCCCGGUGCUGACAGCAGGCCAGAGUGGGCUCUACAGCCCACAGUACAUCUCCUACAUACCUCAGAUCCAUAUGGGACCAGCUGUGCAGGCACCUCAGAUGUAUCCGUAUCCUGUAUCCAAUUCAGUGCCUGGGCAGCAGGGCAAGUACCGGGGUGCAAAAGGCUCUCUCCCCCCUCAGCGCUCGGACCAACACCAGCCAGCCUCAGCCCCUCCCAUGAUGCAGGCGGCCGCUGCUGCUGGCCCACCCUUGGUGGCUGCCACACCUUACUCUUCCUACAUCCCUUACAAUCCGCAGCAGUUCCCCGGCCAGCCUGCAAUGAUGCAGCCUAUGGCCCACUACCCCUCACAGCCGGUGUUUGCCCCCAUGCUUCAAAGCAACCAACGUAUGCUAACGUCGGGUAGCCACCCCCCGGCCAUUGUGUCAUCCUCCACUCCUCAGUACCCUUCUGCAGAGCAGCCCACCCCCCAAGCCCUCUAUGCCACUGUUCACCAGUCCUAUCCACACCAUGCCACGCAGCUCCAUGCUCACCAGCCGCAGCCGGCCACCACGCCUACUGGGAGCCAGCCGCAGUCCCAGCAUGCGGCCCCCAGUCCCGUCCAGCAUCAGGCGGGACAGGCCCCACACCUGGGCAGUGGACAGCCACAGCAGAAUCUGUACCACCCCGGGGCCCUGACAGGCACGCCACCAUCUCUGCCACCGGGACCUUCUGCCCAGUCCCCUCAGAGCAGCUUCCCCCAGCCAGCCGCUGUAUAUGCCAUCCAUCCCCACCAGCAGCUGCCCCACGGCUUCACCAACAUGGCCCAUGUUACCCAGGCCCAUGUCCAAACUGGAGUCACAGCAGCCCCGCCCCCACACCCUGGGGCUCCCCACCCGCCCCAGGUGAUGCUGCUGCACCCCACCCAGGGCCAUGGGGGGCCCCCCCAAGGCGCAGUACCCCCGAGUGGGGUACCUGCACUCUCAGCUUCCACACCCUCACCCUAUCCCUACAUCGGACACCCCCAAGGUGAGCAGCCUGGCCAGGCGCCUGGAUUUCCAGGAGGAGCCGAUGACAGGAUUCUAUGUAGGGUGGGCAGAAGCCACAGUCGCCGCCGCCAGGGGCUUGCUCCUGGCUCUGUCCUUUGCUUCCCUCCGUCCUCGCUCAGUUGUGAUCCAGCAGCCCCCCUCCCCACUGCCUCCCCAGCUCUCAGUGACCCCGACUGUCUCCUGACUUAGCCGAGGUAAGGUCAGCGCAGCAGACAGGGCCAGACUGGGGUGUGGGGGGCUGAGCUGGGCACACGAGUAAGGGCUCUGGCUUACUGGGAAACAGCGAUUGACCUGUGCUUCUGACCAGCCCCAUGAGACACCUUAAGGAGGCCGCUCCUCCCCACUCCUCCCCAGCCCCCCGGACGCAUUGAUGGAGGGACAGCUGCUCGGGUUCUAAUGCUCCUGCUCUCUUCUCUUUCCCCUCCAACCAGUUCAAUCUCAUCCCUCCCAGCAGCUCCCCUUCCACCCCCCGGGGAACUGAAGAUUGUCCUGGCCGCGACCUGAGACCUCCAUGAGCGGAGGGAAGAGUGAUCUAUGUCUCUUCCCCCAGCAGCUCGGACCAGUCCCAGCCCCCCACCCCACCCCCCCAAAUUCCCCUUUCCCCAGGGGAGCUGGGGAAUUCCUGCCAAGCACCUUGAAUGGGAGAGACCUUGAAGUGGGCAAGGCCAGGGUCCCGCAGGGGUGGGGGAGGUUCCUGCUCUGCCCCUGCCAGUUCCCACCUAACCUUGCCCUCCCAUCUUUUCAUCUAUUCCCCCCGCUGGAGACGGAAGAUCUUUUAUUUUCUAUUAUUUAUAACUACAAACUUGGGCCCCUCUGUUCUUUUCUUCCCCAUUAACUUGAGACCUGCGUGAGAGACAGACAGAUGCCCCACAAGGAUGGUUGGACAAGGACUUUUACUUUUUAUUACAUAAAAAUAUUAAAAAAAAAUAAAAAAAAUAAAAUUUUAAACUAACUUAA